AUGUUUACCGGACUCGUCGAGGAGAUAGGGGUCGUCGCCGAGCUAGACUCGCAAGACGAGACGGGCGGCACCUCUCUGACCAUCGCGCUCCCCUCCACAUCGACGCUCCUCGCCGACGCGGCGCUCGGCGACAGCAUCUCCAUCAACGGGGUGUGUCUGACCGCCACAGCCAUCAAGACCGACGGCGGCCCGCCGAGCUUCAAGGUAGGCAUCGCGCCCGAGACGCUGCGCCUCACGAACCUGGGGUCCCUGACCCGUGACUCGCGCGUGAACCUCGAGCGCGCGAUGCGCGCCGACUCGCGCAUGGGCGGCCACUUCGUGCAGGGCCACGUGGACACCGUCGCCUCCAUCACCUGCGUAACGUCCGACGGCAACGCGCUGACGUUCCGGUUCGCGCCGCGCGACCUCCAGGUGCUGCGCUACGUCGUCUACAAGGGCUACGUGGCGCUCGACGGCACGAGCCUGACGGUCACCAAGGUCGACGACUUGGCGGGCUGGUGGGAGGUCAUGCUCGUUAGCUACACGCAGGAGAAGGUCGUGCUGGCGCGCAAGAAGGAGGGCGAUACCGUCAAUGUCGAGGUUGAUGUUUUGGCUAAGUAUGCUGAGAAGAGCAUGGCGGGCUACUUGGGCGCGCAGGGCGAAAUGAUGGUUAAGCCUGUCAUUGAGAAGAUGGUCCAGAGUAUGGUCGCGCAGGGCAUGGGCGGGCGUGCUCCCGCUCCGUAA